AGUUCAAUCUCCGUCCGCUUGAAAACGCCAACCACCACCAGCGCAGCAACCACUAUUUGCGGUGGUUUUUUUUUUCGCCCAAAAUGCCUCACAAGCAUAAGAGACGGAAGAAUGAUGAGUCAGCCUAUGACCUCCCGCCCUCCACGAUCGCAAAGCCUCUUCCUGUGCGCGAAGCGGAACUGAAGAAUAAGAAUAAGAAUAAGAAUGACAACAAAGAUAAGAAGAAUACCGAUGUCGCGAAUGGGGCUGCUACAAAUAAGAAGAAAAAGUCACGAGCUGGUGGUGGCCUCGUGGACGACACACCCAAGGCAUUUGCGCGGUUAAUGCAGCUACAGAAGACGGGCCGGAUGCCAUCCGGGUUGGACGAUGGGUCAAAAACCAAGAAGCGCAAACGGGAUGGUGCAGGCGAUGAUAAUAACGAGAAGGCUGCGAAAAAGGCCCAAGUGUCGGCGUCUUCGAAAGACAAUCCUGCAAUCCCGAAGAUUUUGCCGGGUGAGAAAUUGUCGGAUUACUCUGCGCGGGUUAAUAUGGCGCUGCCACUGUCUGGGAUCAGUAAAUCGAGAAAUCCGGCCUCUGGAGAGUUGCCGAAGUUGAGGGAGACACGGCAGACGAAGCAUGAGAAGCAUCUACGACGACUACAGAAGGGAUGGAGAGAGGAAGAGGCAAAGAUCCGAGAACGAGAGCAAGAAGAACGUGAGGAGCGAGAGGCAGAGAUGGAGGAGCAGUUGGAUCUGUGGAAAGAGUGGGAGGCUGAGGCAGGCAAGAAUAAGGCGAAGAAGAAGGGAAAUAAAUCCAAGAAAAAGAAGAAGGGCAAGAAUGGACUAGACUCUGACAUUGAUGAUGACGACGACGAUGACCCAUGGGAGAAGCUGAAGGAACGAGAUCGUGCCUCAAGACCUGCCAACCCCUUGGAGGUGGUACAGGCGCCGCCGCAGUUGAUAAAGCCACGAGAGGUGUUCAAGGUGCGAGGAGGUGCGCGAGUCGAUGUCGCCAACGUGCCUAAUGCGGCCGGAAGUCUUCGAAGAAGAGAAGAGCUGGCCGGUGAGCGUAAAAGUAUUGUGGAGGAGUACCGAAGACUCAUGGCGGAGAAGAGGCAGCAGGGCUCAUGAUACCAGGGGGGAAAGAGUUCUCCCUUCUCUCCACGAAUUUCAGCGAUCUAAAACUUCUCUGUUUUCUGUCGUAUAGCAUUCUGGUAUAAUGGAAAUACGGUUCUCAUUUCACGGGGCCAAGGGCGUUAGGGGAAACUUCUAUGAUCCAUCUGAUUUAUAGAUUUCCUGGAUCUGCGGUAUGGUGUACAUAUAACCAUGGAAUUUCGAAAAUAGCUGUCGCGCGUGAAUAGUACUACUCAUAAUGCAAGUAUCGCCUCGGUCCCUGGGAUACUUCCUUUUCUA